AUGGCAGGCCGUAACCCACCUGCCAUCACACUCAACGACUCGUCUCCCAUCACGCAUACGACGACGAGCACGUACACCAUUGGCAGACAACGUAAUCGAAGUCCAGCGACUGCAACAACUGCCAGCAACAAUUUACGACCAGUGACUCCAAACAAUGACAAUUCCACUGAACCAUUUCCCGCCCUCACGCCUGGUCCUACCACGCCUGGACUAUCGCAACAGAGAAGCAAUGACUACUUUACGCAGACCCCGAUGCAAUACCAAGUGAGAACUAGACCUAUCAGUAUCCGACGACUUCCUUCCGCUACCGACGUUCAACAAACUUCUCGAUCACGGGCAGGUUCCGGCACGACGCGGAGGAGAAACAAUACCGCGCCUUCUCGGCCAGAACUGAAUGAAAAUGCCACUGCCGGUCUUGCUGGUCUUCCGGGGCAUUAUGAGGUCGGUCCAACUGGUGGUAUGGACACCAUUCGUGAAGGCGAGGAGGUUCACCACGGUCGGAAUCGCACCUCUGUGGAUAGUGCGGAUAGUCAAGUGGGGAGAUCGGGAAGCAAAAGAAUGCGUAGAGCGAGUAACGCUGCUCGUUCGAUCCUUAGUAAAUUGAGUGACGACCCAGAAGAGGACAAAUUGCGUCAGGGACGGCCUCAUUCUAGAAACAAACACGAGUACGAAAGUGAUGUUGUUGAUUAUCUGGAUGUGCUAGACCCUGAAGUUUCCACUCUGACCACUUUGACCAAUGUCCAAAAUGCCAUGUUUGUACCCGACAUUCCAUACUUGAACAGAUUCUACAACCGUCGACCAACCUAUGAGCUCUCGAGAGGUCAAAGUCGUAUAACAGAAGCUUCCGAGCCAGCUAGUCUACGACCACAAAUCACUCGCCAAAUCUCUCGCCAAAUCAGUCGAAAAUCAAUGCCCCCCACACCUGCACCACCAGCCGUCCCCCCAAAAUCGACCGAACAAGAGCGACGCAUUAUGGACAGAGGUAAUUCCAGAACCCCAGAUCCAGGCAUGGACUCAACCGAAUAUCUUAAUCGACGAUUUAGCAUAACGUCACAAGUCGAAGAAGACCACUUUGCUGUACUUCCUCAUGGUGUAACCCUCGAGGGCUGGUCCCAAGAAGAUGUUGACGCUCUAGACGACUAUGUCCGGCAUAUGUUACAUUCACGCAGAAGCAGGUUCAAACGUGGUAUGAGAGGUUUUGGUAAAUACGUUCGCAAACCGCUCGGCUUCUUCGUGACAUUAUACGCCUUUCUGAUUACUGCCUUUGGUCUCAUUUGGGUUCUGUUCCUUAUCGGUUGGAUAUCCUUGGGGUCAAGAAAAGACUACAUCGUUCACAUUGUUGACAGCGUCCUUGUGGGUCUAUUUGCUAUCAUGGGUGACGGUCUGGCUCCCUUCCGCGCUGUUGAUACCUACCACAUGAUAUAUAUCGCUCACUACCACCGUCUAUCCUGGAAGCUCAGAAAACAAAAAGGAUUACCCAAACUAUCAGAUCACAACGACCUACCCGAAAGACUACAAAAAGAAGUAUGCGCUGAUGCCGAGGCCGGACUCGAUAAAGAGACAGAUGCUGAUUGGGAGUUUUCGGUUCUAACCGCCGAACAGCAAAAGAAGCUCGUCCACCACCAGAACAAAUUCUCAAAAUCACACUCGUACUACCGACCGCACGAGACCACAACCCACUUUGCCUUCCCACUAAAACUCCUCAUCACCAUCGUCUGUCUCCUCGACGCUCAUUCCCUCCUACAAAUCAGCCUCGGUGCUUUCACCUGGGGUUGGUCAUACCACACACGUCCCGAAUGGAUUACGGCCGUCAUCCUCUCCCUCUCAAUCACGGUCAACAUCACUGGCGGUGUCCUGAUCUCAGUCGGCGACAAACGAACUCGAAAGAAGGACGUUCUCCUACGUAUGGCACGACAAGGCCUCACAGAAGAAGCCAUGCGAAAAGUCGAAAAACACAAACAAGCAAAUGAAGAAGACACAUCGCAUCUACGACCGAGCAUUGCUCAAGUCCACGCCAUCAACGUCCAGCAAGGCGUAGUUGAGCCCGAAGGCUCAGAACCUUUUGUGACUGGAACAAACGAAGUUAAAGAGAAGUUGAAGGGAUACAAGACCGACCGAGAAGAUGAAAACAGUGGUGAUGAGGAAGACAGUAGGAGUAGGAGUAGACACAGCAAGGAUAAAAGAGAUCGAGAGAAGGAGUUGACGAGUUUCUUGAGUGGUGGUGAGACGACUGAGGACUUCCGGACGCCUCUGGAGACACCAGGGAGGUUGAAUUGA